UCCUAAAGGAAGCGGCGCAUCGCCUCGCACUCAUUAAAGCUGUGGAGGAGCAGAGAGAGGGGGCACGUUUGUGACGCGACGGUGCCACAGUAACAUUUUCUCAACAUUUAUGCUUGUUUAGAAGUUGAUUUAAUUCACUUAUCCACCCCCUCGCGACUAGAACCUUUGCACGAAACGUGACGCGUUCGCAGGCUGCUCUCAGUUUGGUUCAGAUCCAACCAGCGGCAGGUAGAAUCUCUCCAUCCCAGCGUGCUUCUGGACAUAUCGUGGACGGCGUGCGCUGUUUGGGAUUGGCACACGUUGGAGAGCACCGAGAGGAGUUUGCAGGACUCGCCAAUGAAAACAAUACUUCAGAACCAAGGACAGAUCCAAACAGCUGCACGGCAAACAUGCCCAAAGUGAGCAACAUCUGGACUCCACUGGUCUCAUGAAGCUCUGUCUGUGAGUAGUCUGACGCGCGGCUUCUGCUGAGAGGACCUGCAGAUCCAUCUAGGAAGAGAAAAUCAGACAUGCUGCACUCCCUGACAGAAGACGUUAAAGGAAACUGUCUGCAGACUCUGUGAACAUCCAGCCAACUCCACUUCAGCUAACUAAAUCCUGCCACCUGAUCCCACCAUGCUGCAUGCCAUGCUCUGCCCCAAGUGGUGGGCAAGCCCUGUCCGUUACUGGCCUCUCCACAUGGUCUUGCUGGAGCUGCUGAUACCAGGAGCCCUGCCAAGCACCUCCAGACUACCCCCUCCAGCUAAACGCGAGAUCAUCCUUGAUGGGGACCUGGUCAUCGGAGGCCUUUUCCCUGUGCAUCAGAAGGGUGAAGGGAUGGAAGACUGUGGAAAGAUCAACGUUGAAAGAGGGAUCCAGAGACUGGAGGCCAUGCUGCUGGCACUUGAUGAGAUUAACUCCAGCGAUCGCAUCCUUCCUGGAGUCCAGCUGGGUGCCCACAUCCUUGAUACUUGCUCCAAGGACACCUAUGCUCUGGAGCAGUCCCUUGACUUUGUCAGGGCCUCCCUCACCAAGGUGCAGGAUCCAGGCUUCAUCUGUCCAGACGGCUCCAGGCCCAUCCAAAAUGAGGUUCCGCUGGCCAUUUCUGGGGUCAUUGGAGGAUCAUAUAGUGAUGUUUCAAUUCAGGUGGCCAACCUCCUUCGUUUGUUCCAAAUACCUCAGAUCAGCUACGCUUCUACAAGUGCAAAGCUCAGUGAUAAGACCCGCUAUGACUACUUUGCCCGCACAGUUCCCCCUGACUUCUACCAGGCCAAAGCCAUGGCUGAGAUCCUGCGCUACUUCAACUGGACCUACGUGUCAACAGUAGCUUCAGAGGGUGACUAUGGCGAGACGGGCAUCGAUGCCUUCCAGCAGGAGGCUCGCACUCGUCAAAUUUGCAUCGCCACCUCAGCUAAAGUGAGCCGCUCCAUGAACCGCCAGGGUUAUGACAAUGUGAUCCGCUCCCUGCAGCAGAAGUCAAACGCCAAAGUGGUCAUCCUGUUCACCCGCAGCGAGGAUGCCCGGGAGCUGUUGGUGGCUGCCGCCCGAAUGAACGUCAGCUUAAUCUGGGUGGCCAGUGAUGGAUGGGGGGCUCAGGAGAGUGUAGUCAGGGGCAGUGAGACCGCAGCAGAAGGAGCAUUUACCAUCGAACUGGCAUCCUACCCAAUCAGGGAGUUUGAAGACUACUUCACCAAACUGAACCCAUACACCAACACGAGGAACCCAUGGUUCAAGGAGUUCUGGGAGCACCGGUUUGGCUGUAGCGUGCAGGAGCCCAGCUGCAGUGAGCACAGCUUACGAAAUGGAACGUUCGAACAGGAGUCCAAAAUUAUGUUUGUGGUGAAUGCUGUCUACGCCAUGGCCUACGCUCUGCACAACAUGAGGCAAGCAGUAUGCACCAAUACAUCCAAGGUCUGCGAUGCCAUGAAGCCAGGUAACGGCAAAAGAUUCUACAAGGAGUUUAUCCUGAAGACCAAGUUUGAAGCUCCUUUCAGGCCUGCUGACACAGAGAGCAUGGUGCGCUUUGACUCCUUUGGUGACAGCAUCAGCCGAUACAAUAUUUUUCAUUACCACAAAGAGGAGGGGAGGUUCAUUUAUAGGAAAGUUGGCUAUUGGGAUCACAUACUGACCCUGAACAACUCAAUGGUGGCCUGGCGCAACCUCAGUCCCCCCACUUCCCAGUGCAGCGACCCAUGCAGGAAGAACGAGGUGAAAAGCAUGCAGCCUGGGGACGUUUGCUGCUGGAUCUGUAUUCCCUGUCAGCCAUACCAGUACCUACAAGAUGAGUUCACCUGUGCUGACUGCAACGUUGGACAGUGGCCGCUUGCUAACUUAACGGGUUGCUAUGAUUUGCCUGAAGAGUACAUUCGCUGGGAGGAUGCCUGGGCUAUCGGACCUGUCACCAUCUCCUGUCUUGGCAUACUUUGCACCCUUUCUGUAGUGGGCCUUUUUUUCAAGCACAAUGACACACCUGUGGUUAAAGCAAGUGGGCGCGAGCUCUCUUACAUCCUCUUGCUGGGAGUGUUGAUGUGCUACAGCAUAACCUUCGUCUACAUCGCUAAACCGUCCACUGUCGUUUGCACACUACGCCGACUGGGCCUGGGCACCUCAUUCGCUGUGUGCUACUCGGCCCUGCUGACCAAGACCAACCGUAUCGCUCGGAUCUUCAGCGGGGUGAAGGACGGAGCCACGCGACCACGUUUCAUCAGUCCAGCCUCUCAAGUCGCAAUAUGCGGCGCUCUGAUCUCCUGCCAGCUGCUGGUGGCCGUUAUCUGGCUGUUGGUGGAGGUGCCGGGGGUUCGAAAAGAAGUGGGCCCAGAAAGGAGAAACGUGGUGACCCUCAAGUGCAACAGCAGGGACACAAGCAUGCUUAUGUCCCUAACCUACAACUGCAUCCUAAUCAUCCUCUGCACUGUCUACGCUUUCAAGACAAGAAAGUGCCCUGAGAACUUCAAUGAAGCCAAGUUCAUCGGCUUUACGAUGUACACCACCUGCAUCAUCUGGCUCGCCUUCCAGCCCAUCUUUUAUGUCACUGCCAGUGACUACAGGGUGCAGACCACCACCAUGUGUAUCUCCGUAAGUCUGAGUGGGUCAGUGGUUCUCGGCUGCCUCUUUGCUCCCAAAAUCCAUAUCAUCCUGUUCCAGCCCCAGAAAAAUGUGACCACACUGAGAGUCACAGCCAACCGUUUCAGUGCCACAGUAUCUACUUCUGCCUCAGCUCCUGGAUCCAGCUUCUCCAAAGGAUCAGCCUCCAACUACGUGCCAGCAGUCUGCAACGGCCGCGAGGUGGUGGACUCUACAACAUCCUCAUUGUGAAAUAAAGUUCCUCUCCAAGCACAAGAGACCGACCCCGCCAUCGUUCCCCCUUCCAUUAAAGCGGGCUGUGUGUUGCAUAUCGCCCAUGCCACCUCACAUGUUGCAAAGAGAUAAGUGUCCGACUGACUGCCAACAGAAAGAGUCCAACUGUGAAAGCUAAAGCACGUUCCUGCAUAAGGCAGCAUGUAUCAACUGUAAAGCCGUUUUGUAUAGGUUAAAAAAUGCUGUGAUCUCCUAGGUUUACAGGUAGAUGUAGGUAAAUGCACUGUGCCUUGUCCUCAAGAGUCUUGUCAAAUGGGUGGUUGUGCAGCAAUAGUGUAUUACAAAAGGCUGUUCUUCUCUUGUCUUAACAGUGCUGUGAACAUAUUGAGAUGUUUUAGAUUUUCACAAAAAUAUGCUUUGAAACUAAUUCAGUGCUCCUUCUAAACAAACGUGUAAGUCAACAUAGUGAAUGAUGAAAACUAGGCAUCUAGACCAUAUACCUGACGUGUGUUAACGUAGACUGGUAUAAAAGUGUUUUCUUGUAAUUUAUGUAAA